AUGGCUGGUGGAGAACAGCACUCUUACGAUCAAUACGAUGUCGAAAUGCAUAGUGCUUCACGACCUUUGUCUCCGACCAUUUCUGACGGGCAGGGUGCCGAGUAUGAGCUUGAAAGCGUGACAUGCCAGUGGCAAGAUUGCGGGAGACCAUUUUCCCAGUUACAAGCUCUUAUUGACCAUAUUCAUAAUGACCACAUAGGAAUGAACAAAUCGAACUACACGUGCGAAUGGGCAACAUGUUCAAGGCGAGGUAUUCAGCAGGCAUCCCGCUUCGCACUUAUCUCCCACAUCCGUGCGCAUACCGGCGAAAAACCGUUCACAUGCCCCUUGCCUGAAUGUGACAAGUCCUUCACUCGUUCUGAUGCAAUGGCGAAGCACAUGCGUCUCCAACACAAUAUAUCACCUCCUCUUCCCGGCCGUGGUGGAAGUCGGAAGCGAAAACGCGACGAGGAAGUAGAAGCAGAAGGUGGUGCAGCCUUGAAAGUGGAAGGCAAUACUCCUACUGACUUGAGCUCUGGGGCUGCAUGGGCAGAUUACGAAGAUGGUCAAGGAACACCGCUACGUGAUGACCGUGGGGAUCUUAUCAAUCCUUCAGCCUCAGGGCGCGGUCGAAGCCCCAGCGCGUUGAGCAAUGGUUCUGGAGGUGGCGACGACCAUGAAGAUGCUCUUCCUGAACACCUGCUGCAACACAAGGACCCGACGACAGGCAAGAUUACGGAUCGGACACCGGCUAUGGUUCGGUAUCUUCUUAUGAAGGCAAAGCAUCGCUUUGUUCUGGAACAGCAUGAGAGUCUCCUAGAGGAGUUACGUGUUGUCCGUGCCGAGGAACGACGUGCCCGUGAACAGAAGGAAAUAGCCCUAGAUGAGGUGAUAAGAGCACAUCUCGGGUCAGUAUCUCACUCCGCCCUUACGAAGGUUACUCAUUUAAUUUAA